ACCAUGGAGCAGACUCUCAUGCUGGGGGUGGAGGGCGUGAGGAAGACCAUCCUUCAUGGAGGGUCCUCUGAAAUGCCUCGAUUCAUCACCGGAACUAAGGUGACGUUCCACUUCCGGACCCAGCUGUGUGAUGACGAGCGCACGGUAUUGGACGACAGUAAGAAGGUGGGCGUGCCCAUGGAGGUGGUGAUCGGGAAUAUGUUCAAGCUGGAGGUGUGGGAGACCCUGCUCACCUCCAUGCGGAUCGGGGAGGUGGCCGAGUUCUGGUGUGAUGUCACGCACACAGGGCUGUACCCCAUGGUGGCGAAGAGUCUCCGGCGCAUUGCAGAGGGCAAGGACCCCGUGGACUGGCACAUACACACGUGCGGCAUGGCCAACAUGUUCGCCUACCACAGCCUGGGCUAUGAGGAUCUGGACCAGCUACAGAAAGAGCCUCAGCCGCUUUACUUCGUCCUGGAGCUCGUGAAGGUGGAGCAGCCGAGUGAGUAUGACCGAGAGUCCUGGGCCCUGAGCGAUGAGGAGAGGCUGAAGGUGGUGCCGCUGCUGCACGGGCAAGGAAACAAGCUGUUCAAGCAGGGCCACUACCCGCAGGCCGCCAACAAGUACAAGGAGGGCAUCAUCUGCAUCAAAAACAUACAAACCAAGGAGAAGGCGUGGGAUCCUCCUUGGCUGAAACUGGAAAAGAUGGCGCACACUCUCACACUGAACUACUGUCAGUGUCUGUUGCGUGUAGAGGAGUACUAUGAGGUCAUCGAGCACACCACUGACAUCAUCAACCAGCACCCAGGCGUAAUGAAGGCGUAUUACUUGCGGGCCAAGGCCCACAUGGAGGUGUGGAAUGAAUCUGAGGCCCAGGCGGACUUCCAGAAGGUUCUGGAUCUGGACCCAGGGAUGCGGAAGGUGGUGCGGAGGGAGAUGCAGGUGCUGAGCAUGCGCAUGGAGGAGAAGAGAGAGGAGGAAAAGCUCAAAUACAGGGGCAUGUUCUGA